AUGGGAAGUUGUUUAAGCAAGAAAAGCACUUCUUCUUCUUCUCCUGGUCCAAUUUUAAAGCCACAAGCACAGAUGUCCAAUACUCCAUUGGAGAAAAAGAAGGCAGAAGAAGAAAUUGUGAUGAAACAUAAUUUUGUUACGAAACACCGGAAGAGCCACGAAGUCGAAAGGCUGUCUGAAGAGGAGAAAACUGAAGUACGAAAGGCAACCGAAGUAGUCGAAAUGGGGAAAAAUUCGAGCACGGGUAAUGAAAUAAAUGGUGAAUUAGGUAAUGGGAAAAGUGUCAUAAUUGCAACUCCGGUGAGGACCUCGAGUUGUACUAAAGAAGAGGUGGAUGCUAUUUUGAUACAAUGUGGAAGGCUUAGCAGGAAUUCUUCAACCGGGAAGGCCGGGCUUUCCGGUUCCUUGGUGUCAUCAGAAAAUGCUGGUAAUCUUCAAAGGGGAAGAAAGUACUCUGGUUCAAAAAGGAGUUUUGAUUUUGAUAACGAAAAUGGUGCUGAUCGAGAAAAUGUUGCGGAUGGUGACUAUGAUGGUGUGAUGAGGGGGAAAGAGCACCGCCAUAGACAGAGCCAGCGCCAGUCCAGGACUGGUGGAUCCGCCUCUAAGGGGCGGAGGAGGACUCCCAGUCGAGAAAGAGACCAGGCGGGGCAGCAGCGUUCCGGCAGCAAAGAAAGAGGUGAGAGCGGAGGUGGAAGGAGGGUAAGCAGAUCUCCUGGUAAAAGAUCUGAAUCUCCAAUUACUACCUCUAAUGGUGCUAAUUCGUUGGCUGCAAAUUCUAAUAAUGGCACUUGUAGGCCGGGAAAGAUGGUUUCUGUGCCUGCCACAGUGUCGUCUUUGGCAAUGGAUAAGAGUACUAAUGCAGGUCCUGGCGGCGUUGGUGGCUCAGAGCCUAAUUCGACCAUGGCAGUUAAAAGGAUCCAAGUAAAGAGAACUGCUGGUGUGGAUUCCACCGUGGGUUCGAGGAGUGCUGCUUCGCCUCGUAAUCAAUCCCCUGCACGGGCUAAUGUCAAGGGGUUGAACGAGAAUCAGAAUGUCAAUUCCUGUCAAAACCAACCCGUAUCCCUGAGCCAAAGCAAUUCAAGAAAGGCAGAGCAAUCUCCUUAUAGAAGAAACCCUCUUAGUGAGAUUGAUACCAACAUUGUUAUGGAACAGAUGCCUUUUCCUGCAGGAGUUAAACCUGCCAACAACAUUCUGCCACAGGUUGUUACAGAGAAGGCAAAUGCAGAAAGUACAAGAGCUGAGCUCAAACUUAGAAGCAAGAAAAUCGAUCACAAUCUAGUGAAUUGCAAAGCCAAGGAGCAGCCGCAGUUGAUUGCAGAAAAGAGUAAGGGAUCACAAGGAGUUACAGACAAUUUUGCGUUAAAAAGGGUACCUUCAGGGCCUGAAAACAUUAAACCUCAGACAAUGACGAGAAGCAGAUCCUUUAGAGAAUCCCAAGACCUAGACAACAAACCUGAAACUCCGCUAAAUCCUACUCCAUCCUACACUGCACUAUUGCUUGAAGAUAUCCAAAACUUCCACCAAAAGAACCCCCUGAACCCCGGCUUUACUCUCCCACCUAGUGUUACUAAAGCCUGCUCUAUUCUUGAAGCAGUUGCUGACCUUAACUCGAGUACUGGUUCCAACUUGUUCAGUACUUCCUUGGACACAAUGCGAAACCCCACUGCUGAGCAUUUUGUUAAGAGUGAUAAGAAGACAAGAUUAGAAACCAAGAGGGACCCCAUUGUGGAAUCUGAGGUGGUGGCUAAUGAUGAUUUGAUGCAGCCAAGCUUUCACAAAUACAUAACUGUAAGAAGGGGUAUGGUGACAGGGGAUGAAGACUUGGAAGAGCAAGAAUCAUCAGGCAGCAAUAGCUUUGUUGGCAGUCAGGAACACUGGCUUUCUUCUUCGUGGGAGCCAAAUUCAGUUGAUUCAACUGAUCGUUCGAAUACUAUAAUGUCAAGUAGCAGGCAGAAUAAUCGUAGUCCACUGGCUAAUCAGAGGCACGCCAUAUCUGACUUAGGACACCACCAACAUACUGGAAUUGGACAUGGCAGAGUUGGAUCAAGAGAUCUUCACACGACACCUAGAGCUGCUGCUUCAAGCUGA